GGUACGAUAUUGGAGAUACCGCAGUAUAUUUUCAUAAAGGAAACUACUCACAAGGUGACUGAGAACUCUUCGACCGGUUUCGUGGUCGCAGGCUGUCGAAGAGUUUUCAACAACCUUGUGAGUAGUUUCCUUUAUGAUUACAAGCUGUUCAAAUGCCUCCCUCACGCGACAAGUGGCGUAACCGUAGUGAAGUUCGACCCUGCCGACGGAAUGCUGCAUGUCGGAGAUAAAACAGAAAUCGCGUGCAUUGGCGAGGAGGCUGAGGGUGGCGCAACAGGCGGAAGUUUGGUACUAACGGACCUGAGCGAUCGCACCGACCUAAUCUCGAUUGACACUAGCUUGCACAAAAUCAAGCCCCCUGCUGCUGGGACAACCUACACAAAAUACGGCUCCACCAUCGUCGAAUGCAAAUACGAUCCAAAUUUAUCGCAGCUGCCCAAUCUGGUGAAAACGCUGACUGUCCGUAUUUCGCCUCAGCCCCUGGAUGGAACUUUGGACUCCGAGAACAGCGGAAACCCGGAGGUACCCGUGGGCUCCACCAAAGAAUUCCAGUGCAAUUUGGUCCCACUGGAUGCCGCCGAAACCUUGAAUGGAACAUGGAAGGCUGUUGUGGACCCGGCGGGGGCAGCUGGCGUAACCGAGUCGCAAAACGGUAACUUUGGGAAGAUAGGACCUCCUAAUCCACAGGGCUACCAAAACCAGCCGAGCUCAUUCAAAGUAUCGUGUACAUUCUCAACACCUGAAGGAACAAUUAUGCACACCUUUGAACGGACAGUGACAGUAACA